CACACACAGCCAGCACAUGGCCAACCGAAGCAUAGUAUGCUUAUCUCCUGGUGGAGCAGCUCCUCCCGGACGCGAAGAGGCGCCUCCCCCCUCCUUGACCAUCUCGCCUGCCUGUGUUGCCAUGCACCCGCCUGCGGCGACACCCAGACGGGCGAACUGUCGUGGUACGGAAGAGGAGCCAUGGCCCCACAGCCAGCGCAGCAAAUGGCAUACCACUUGAUUCCGCACACUGCUGGGAUUAGAAAUCGCCAUACCCACACUACAGUCGGCCUGCCCAAGGGGGGGGGGGGCUGCCCGCAAACUGCCCAGGUGGGGGUUGUUCACAAAUGACAAGAACCGAGGAAAAGCCGGAAGUCGUGGUCAGGUUGCGGGGGGAGGCGUCAGGGGGAAUGGUAUUCUCUCUUCCCAUUUGAACUGGAUGCGGGCGAUCUGCAAUCGGGCAAAUAUGCCGACAACUCACAAGGCACUGGAUAUGGCCCGGGUCAUGCUUGAGGUGGAGCGGUCAUAACACACACCAACAUCCCCCCUUAGUCGCAUGACUACACCGCGAAAAAGAGCAAGCCAGGGGGGAGGCGGUAAAGUCCACAGCAUGAAAGACGCCGUACUGCCCACAUAUGUGGCCUGGCGUCUCCGCGCGAAGGCAGGCAUGCCGCCUACCGGACCAUUCCUACUCUCCAAUACAAACAUCUGCCCGGGGAUACACCCAGCACGCGGGAAUGGGCCCAGUCAUAUCGAGCCCAGAUGGGCACCUGACGAACAUCCGGCCACCGCAAGCAAGGACGCCCCUCCUCCAACGAAGCCUGUCGUGCCCCCGCCCAGCAGGAAUUUAAUCGACUUCUCCCGGAGGGCAGGUGCAUAUCAUACCUUGCAAGCGCGUGUGGCAUAGUCCCCUGAAACCCAUCAACCAAACUGGGAUAAGAGUGAGAGCGCAUCCCGUUUAAGGAUAAGAGAGAGAGUAUUGGCCGUAUUCAGCAAGGGGAAGGCGCUCAAGGGGGGCUGAAGAUGAUCAUUAGCCGUCUAAGUAUGGGGUCUUGAGUAUUGUUCCUGAAGCUCGAGUAUCCGACUUAAUCAAACAGAGGGGCCAAGAAAUGAUGUCCACAAGGAGGAAUAAUGUUGGAAUAAAAAUGAUGCAUCCACG